CUACUUACACGCACAUGUUUUGUUGACGUCUCCUGUGGUUGGUCCGACAGGCCAAGUACCACGAGGACUUUGAGCGUGCCCGCGGUCGAGGCUCUACGCCGGGAUUAGACGAGCCGGGCAUGGAGCGCUACCAGCGAGCCAAUCACAUGAUGGCCGACGCCGGCCCGCACAAGCAGAUGGUGGAGAUGGACCGGCGGCCCGGAGGCAUCAUCGUAGCUCCCGUGCUGCCUGGCGCGUACCAUCAGGGCGUGCACGUGCAUCAGCAUCCGCAGCAUCACCACGGCUACAUGCACCAAACCAGCAUGUCGUCCGUCAGAUCCGUCACGUCUCCGCCGCACUCGGCCACCACGCGGGUCUACCGGGCGCUGUACGACUACGCGGCGCAAGACCACGACGAGGUCUCCUUCAGGGACGGCGACGUCAUCGUCAACGCUCAGCCCAUCGACGAGGGCUGGAUGUACGGCACCGUGCAGCGCACCGGCAAGUCCGGGAUGUUGCCGGCCAACUACGUGGAGUGUUGUAACUAGUUCCUGUGUGUGUGCAGUAGGAAGGGGAUUCACACGGC